AUGUGGCUCAACUCCUCCGAAGAUGCUGGAAAAAGUGACUGUGAGACAGACUUCAUCCAAGUUUGCAACAACGUCACAAGCCGAUUCCAAACUUUGUCAAGCCAGAUGAUAUCCAUCGAAGAGGAGUUAAAGCUUUCUCAAGACAAUCUAAUGCUUGCUAAUGUCAUACGAAAGAUACAAGAUGAGGAGCGGGAGCAUCUUCGACUUGUAAUCGCUCUGCAAGUUGAAAGGAAACGGUUAGAUUUACUAAGGCUCACAGCUGACAAAGCCACGAAAUCCCACAACGAACAUGGUGAGCAACAUCGAUGUACAUGCAGUGCCAAGACGGAGGAGCAAAUCGAGGACUUGCAGGAUUUGAUUUGCAUUCAAGAAGACAAGGUCAAGUGGAUGAAACAGCAAACGCUGAACAGUGAAUCUAAAAUCAACGAGCUUCUCGAUGAAGUGCGAUACUGGGAAGUGGACAAGGAAAUGAUUUAA